CAAUAUACAUGACAAUCGACAGAAUUCUAUAAUUUCAAUUACCCUGCCCUUCGCCGUUAUACUGCCCCAUCACCAGACCACCUCCCGCCGGACGCCUGAUCAUCAAUUCUUGACGGCGGCAAUUAAGUAUCUUGCUAUCUAGUUUCUAAUUUGAACCCUCAGAUUCAAUGGUUUAACAGUGGACAACGCUUUUCGUUCCCAAUUUCGUCAAAAUAAAAUGUAUUCCGAAUACUCUCUUGUUUACUCCGCAAUUCCAAAUCUUUUCAAUUCAAUGGUUCAAUCAAACACGCUUUGAUCUUCCUACGAUAUUCCCCAGUUUCAGAUACAUCCUAGGAUACCCAUUACAUCGAUUUCAUGAUUGCGUCACUUCACUCUUCUUUGAGCUUCUCGAUUUCACCAUGGAAGCUCCGCUCUCAUUCAAACCGACGAAACACAUCACAACAACCAUCAGUUUCGCAGAUCACCACCGCCGAAUCCGAUUCAUUAAUCCAACACACCACCAGAAGAAGAUGCGAAUGUUACGAUAUGUACAAAGAGGUGGUUCCAUUUGCGGAAGCAUGGUCAUGGCAACAAUCGAUUGUUGAGAAACGGAAGACAUUGAUUGAUAUCAAUGAAGACGAUUCUGAUUCCUUGAUUAUACUCCAACAUCAACCUGUUUAUACAUUGGGUACUGCUAGCACUGAAAACAACUUGAAUUUCGACAUUAAAGAUUCUCCUUUGCCAUUGUAUCAAACAGAACGUGGUGGUGAAGUUACUUAUCAUGGGCCAGGACAGCUAGUUAUGUACCCGAUCUUGAAUCUUCGUUUCCAAAAGAUGGAUCUUCAUUGGUACCUCAGGGCACUUGAGGAGGUAGUAAUCCGGGUACUUUUCUCAGCCUUCUCUCUCAAGGCUUCACGGAUCGACGGUUUAACUGGAGUUUGGGUUGGGGACAAAAAGGUAGCGGCGAUUGGGAUACGGGUUUCACGAUGGCUAACAUAUCAUGGGUUAGCUUUGAAUGUUUGUACUGAUCUUUCACCUUUUGAACAAAUAAUUCCUUGUGGAAUACGAGACCGAGGAGUUGGAAGCAUCAAGGGGCUUAUGAGAGGGUCUAAUAAACAUUUUUUAAAAUCUUUUUAUGAUGAUGAUGAUGAUGAUGAUGAUGGUAAACUCAUUGAUAUUGCUCAUGAUUCAUUAGUGAAGGAGUUUUGUGAAGUUUUUCAACUUGACCUGUCUUAUAGGUCAGUAUCCAUGGUUAGGUAAUAGAGGAAAUGAAAAACCUUUAUCAAUUAUCAUGUCAUGUCAUAUCAGCAAUCUAUAAGUUUUUGUUCGAUAAACUUAUUUUUCCUGAUAUUUAUAUAACUUAUUUUUCCUGAUAUUUAUAUAACCCUUUGAUCGUUUUAGACUUUUAGCA